AUGAAUAUCAGAAUUGACUCUUGCAUGCUCCACAGCCUGGAAAGACGUUUGGAAAGAAUUGAACAACAAGCGAAUUACAUUUCAGCUACCCUCAAACAAUUAAACGCCAAACUUAAUGAAUAUAUACGAAAUGAAGAGAACAGAAAUUGCGAAGAAAAGGCACGGAAGCCAUUAGAUCAUUCGAAUCACUUGCUACAAUCUUUACAACAUCAUCUAUGUGACGCAAUCACCUUUAGAGAAAAUCCAUCAGUUGAGAAAACUAACAAUCCACCAGUUGAGAAAGAUGAGAAUACAUUAUCAACAUUGAAUCAACCAACUCCAUCAAAACAAGAAAAAGAAUACAAGCCAAAGAACAAACCUCGCAAAACAAGAAGGACCACACAAGCUAAAAAACAAUCAUCCACCGACAAAGCCAAGCCAAAAAGAAAAACAAAGCAAAAGAACAAACUUCACGAUCAUACUAAUCAUGGACAAAAAGGCAAGAUACUAUAUUUGUAUUAUGAUGAUCAGUGCUAUCAACAAUUCGAUAAGAAACGUGUAAUGAAUGUAAGAACAAGAAAGAAGCAUCUCACCUUAUACUGGAUCCAAGACUGCUCUCCGCCCUUCAACAUUAUUAAUUGUUGUGACUUAGAACUUUGA